GCCCAGUGGUUGUUUUCCACUCAAAAGAUCUUAGCUUUGUUUGGAUUGGUGGGUGUGGAGGAGAAGGAUAUCAAUGACUGCUGGGAAGGUCUUGCCUGUCAGUGUGAUGGUUGCUCCUGUAAGGACACUAGGAGCGGAAUGUUACUUUGCCUUGAAGGUGUGGAAUGGUCAACAGACUGGAGCUGCAGCAGUAUUGGUGGCUGAUGGCAUAGAUGAACAUCUAGUUACAAUGGAUUCUCCCAAGGAAAACACUGAUGCAGAAAAAUAUGUGGAGAAGAUUGACAUUCCAUCAGCUUUGAUAAAAAGGGCUUUUGGUGACAGCCUAAAGCAAGCCUUGAAUAAAGGUGAAGAUGUGGUGAUAAGGUUGGACUGGAGAGAGUCAGUGCCACAUCCUGACCAGAGAGUUGAAUAUGAGUUCUGGACAAACAGCAAUGAUGAGUGUGGGAUUCGUUGUGAUGAGCAGAUAAAUUUUAUAAAGAACUUCAAAGGUCAUGCUCAGAUUCUUGAAAAGGGGGGUUACACUUUGUUCACACCACAUUACAUAACUUGGUAUUGCCCUGAGCCUUUUAUUUCUAGCAGACAGUGUACGUCCCAGUGCAUAAACAAGGGGAGAUAUUGUGCCCCAGAUCCAGAGCUAGAUUUUGACACAGGAUAUCAAGGAAAAGAUGUGUUGCUUGAGAACGUGAGGCAGCUUCGUGUGCAUAGAGUUGCCAAUGAGAGCAACAGGUCCUGGGUCUGGUGGGAUUAUGUGACAGAUUUUCACAUUAGGUGUUCUAUGAAGAACAAGAGGUACAGCAAAGAAUGUGCUGAGGAUGUUAUGAAAUCACUUGAUUUGCCUAUUGAGAAAAUCAAAAACUGCAUGGGUGAUCCUGAAGCAAACGUAGAGAAUGAAGUCCUUAAAAAGAAGCAAGAACUUCAGUCUGGCCAAGGAUCACGUGGAGAUGUUGCCAUUUUGCCAACGCUGAUUACUAAUAACGUUCAAUAUCGAGGGAAAUUGGAGAGAACAGCCGUGCUUAAGGCCUUAUGUGCUGGAUUCAAGGAGACUACAGAACCUGCAAUUUGUUUGAGUGGAGACAUCGAGACUAAUGAGUGCCUUGAGAGGAAUGGUGGCUGUUGGCACGACACAAAUGCAAAUAUAACAGCUUGCAAGGACACAUUUAGGGGAAGAGUGUGUGAGUGCCCUACUGUGAUGGGUGUUCAGUACAGAGGAGAUGGUUAUGUAUCAUGUGAAGCUUGUGGACCUGGUAGGUGUACAAUUAAUAAUGGAGGUUGCUGGUCUGACAAAAAAAGUGGAUUAACCUUCUCUGCUUGCUCAGAAACACGGUCAAUGGGAUGUGAAUGCCCACAGGGCUUUCGUGGGGAUGGUCAUACAUGUGAAGAUAGAACUAUAGAAGGAAGAAUACUGUAUCAUGUUGCAGUUAAGAAAUAAGGAAAGUGAAAGAGAAGUAAAGAGGAAGGGAUGUUUAAAAUUGAUGUUGUUUGAAAUCUUGUUGAACACCGCCUAUCUGUGUGCUCUGAACAAAAACCCACUUAUUCG